CACACCCUUCUCUGCCACGGCCGCCUUCUCUCCCCGCGGCCCGCGGUCUUCGCCCCAGCAGUUUAAGAAAUCGCCAGCGACUGCAACAUUAGGCCGCCCCACGGGUCCCGUUAACUACGACAGCCCGUCGGCUGCAGCCGCCCUUGGUGCCCUGGACAUGAGCGCUCUGGAUAUGGGCCUUCAGGAUCUUGCCAACCUCGGGCGAGCCGCCGAGGACGAGAAAGCGAGGCGGCUGGACAACGUCAUCGCCAUUCUUAGCGUAUGGUUACCUUGAAGCGGUGCCCUGGAUGGCGAACCAACUAACGUUUUUGGUAUAAAGCGAAGCAAAGGCCUCGUCAGUGAAGCCGGCUUGGAGAGGCUGGCAAAGAAACUCGAGCUGGAGUUCAUAUGGGAGAACUCGAUGGGCGAUGACGACAAAAAGACGCUCAUCAUUGCAGGUUCCGCUCUUGAACUGCUCAUUGAGUUCUCCAAUAACAUUGUCCAGUCGGUCGCCUUGAGCUUCCCAGACUCGACAGAAAUCGUCAACAAGCAUGCCGAGGCUGCCGGCGAGAUCCUCUUCAAAGACCUGCAGCUUCGUGAAGGCCAAAGCCCCCUCACCAAGUCGCUGGAGAAGUUUGCCGCCAACUUUGAGCGCCUUGCUGUUCUAGAUAAGCUGAGCAGUCCUGGGCUCAACAUGUUUGAGGCCGUCGCCGGCGUUUACGAAAGCCUUUGCCGUCUUCAUGCCUGGGAACUCAAGAAAGCGCGAGAAGACCCCGCGGCCGCGGCCAAGGGUGAAGACUACCUCGAGAGCCUCGUUCUCUGCACCAAGAGCGGGAAGCCGAGCAUGAACGCCCGGGGGCGUGUGGGCAUGACGCUCGAUUACUGGAAGGAGAGGAGGCUUCAGCCACCGCCGACGAACCCGGACAUGGCUGCGUGGGUUGCAGAGCACGAAAGGACGUGGAGCAUCCUCAUCGGGUGCGCGCCCCUGAGGGAGAUCGGCGUCAACCCGGUCCGCAUCUCAGACAAGUGGAUUGGCCCCAACGUCGAAAAGAUGCCUCUUCCGGAUGAACUGCAUACGCGUGGCCCGAUCAUCGACUGGUUGGAGCCGGAGAGCACGUUCGUUCCCAUGCCGGAUCAGUCAAAGGGGGGCGACCCGAUGCAACCUGACGCUUCGCUUCUGGGACCGCGCCUGCCCGACGCCGUGUUUCACGCCACGUUCGAUCCGCCCGUUCAUAUCCCGACGGCACUGUGGGAACAGAUCCAGCAGCUAGGAUGCGUGAUGGACGAGACGCCGCUCAAGCAGCUAGCUACCUUUGACAGCCUUGUCAUUCCUCAUUCUCCAGGCUCAAACCCCGAUUCUGCUGGCGCGAGGACCGUGACUUGCAAAAAGAAGACCCCGUACACAGCGCCGGGCGAGACGAAGCUGUCGUUCAAGAGUCAUGUCAACACCCUCUUCGUAAAUAAGCCGAUCCCGAGCCGGACCCUGACCGAGAUGACGUUCUCCCACCCGCAACAGCUCGUCACCAUCCUGCCAUACCUGCGGCAGUAUGUCUUUCUCGCAACUCUGCUUGAACACAGCCUCGCCGAACCUCCGAACCUAAGUCGCCCGCUAGGUCCAGCGCAGCCGAAGGACUCUACCGCAAGCAGCACCACGCAAACAGUAACCACAAACCAAGACGAGUACCGGAACCUCGUCACGUCCUCCGUCAAUGGUUCCUCACAGGAAGAGGAUGAAGAAGAAGAACCCCUAAACAUCGACCUCACCCUCACCCCGCUGCCUCUGCCACGCCUGAGGGUGGUUUUCCCCUUCCGGGACCGCACGGCGGACGUCACACUCGAGGUUCGAGAGAACGGGCACCUGCAUGUCGAGUCGCAGGACGUACUGGACGAGACCAACAUGGUGGCGCCCAAUGAGGGCCGACAGAGAAGGGUUGAGGACGUUGGGGCAUUACUGGAGAUGACCGAGGAUGUCGGAAAAUGGGUCGAGUUUAUUCGUUCGAGGUGGGCUUGAGCCUGUAAUUCAGCCGGAGGAAGUGGGAUGGGCGGGUGGAUAUUGUUGACGGGCCUGUGUUGUUAUGGGUUGGCUGUGAUGGUAAUAUACCCUGGUUCUACUUGCGGGCAAGCAGGAUAGGGACGAAGGGGCCAAAACAUAAAAGAACACUUUAGGAUCCCCGUGUACGUAUGUGAACAUCAAACCCCUCGCAGUGCUCCCUGCCUCCUACCAGGUUCGGAUAAGGAAGACCAGACGUCCACCCUUGGAAAUCAGCGCGAUCAAGCCUGUCAUGCAACUAUACAGCUCGACUUCUAUAAUUU